AGAAUAAUAAAAUAAUAUUCGCGAGGCAGCCUAACCCUGUUGUGGUGCCUAUAUAUAUUUGCGUCAAGCUUCCGCAAACAUCCCCUUCCGCUAUCACUUUUGUCCUCCGAGAGAAGCUCUAAUCAUGUUGGUCUAUCAAGAUUUGCUUAGUGGUGAUGAGCUUCUCUCAGACUCGUUCCCGUACAAGGAAACUGAAAAUGGAUGCCUAUGGGAAGUUGAAGGAAAGUGGGUUGUGCAAGGAGCAGUUGAUGUGAACAUUGGUGCAAACCCUUCUGCUGAAGGUGGUGAAGAAGAUGAGGGUGUUGAUGAUCAAGCGCAGAAGGUGGUAGACAUUGUUGACACUUUCAGGCUUCAGGAGCAACCACCUUUUGACAAGAAGCAGUUUGUUGCAUACAUUAAGAAGUACAUCAAACUGUUGACACCCAAGCUCGAGGGUGAAAAACAAGAGGAAUUCAAGAAGGGUAUUGAGGCAGCAACCAAGUUCCUGCUAGGAAAGCUCAAGGACCUCCAAUUUUUUGUCGGGGAGAGCAUGCACGAUGACGGGUCCAUGGUAUUUGCCUACUACAAGGAUGGUGCAACUGAUCCAACCUUUUUAUAUUUUGGCCAUGGAUUGAAGGAGGUCAAGUGUUGAAAACAUGCUUUGGCAUUGCUAGAGCCUUUCAUUAAUUUAAGUUAUCAGCCAACUAUCUGCCUUUAUAUUUAUAUUAUGCCAGACAUUGAGUUAUGUUCCUAUAAUUUCGUGCUUUCCGGAUUCACAAGAAUUGUUAUCAAAGAUUGUUCAAGAAAAAAAAAACUUGAUGUGUUUCA